AUGCCAAGGAGGAAAAAGAUUCCAAACCAAGAAAGUUCAAUGUAUGGAAGAGACCAUGUAGUAUGGACAAAUGAAAUGGACAAUGUGUUGAUAAAUGCUAUGUUGGAAGAAGAUCAUAAAAGGAAUCGACCUGAAGGAAUAUGGAAUACUAGAGCUUUUGACAAUAUGCUACAAGUGUUAAGGGCAGCAUUUGGCCUUGUAAUUCAAAAAUCAAACAUUAAGAAUCAAAUGAAGACCUUGAAGAGAACCUUUGCUGAGUGUAAGGAUUUAUUUCAUGGUCUUAGUGGCUUUGCUUGGAAUCCUGUAACAAAAUUGUUUGAAGCAACUUUUGAUGUUUGGGAGCAAUUAAUUCAGGAAAAACCGGAAGCAUGCAAGUGGAUGCAUACACCAAUUAAUAAUUAUGACAAGCUAUAUGAGCUUUAUGGUAACCAAAGAGCUACAGGUGAAUAUGCAGAAAGUGCAAGAGAAAAGGUUAGACGCUGGCAACGGGAGGGAAGUUCAUCUCAAAUUGAUUUGAAUGACACAUUUGAAAAUGUCAUAAUGUCUGACAGUGAGUUCAAUUGGGCUAAUGAGGUCACUGAUAACAAUAUGAAUAGUCCUGAACCUUCACUUCAUUCUCAGGCCACUUCUUCUAGAGGUUCUAAACGCAAAGUUUCAAUGAUGGAAAUGUUAGCAAAGCAAUAUGAAAUGUUAAAUAGUGGAAUUGAAGGGGUGUCAGAAGUCUUGGAAAGAGGAAAUGCUAUUGCAGAAAAGUCUCUUGCAAUUCUUAAAAGUGGUCGACCCCAUUAUUAUAAAGAUGAAGAGUUAUUUACAGAGUUAGAAUUAAUAGAGGUCCAUCCGGAUUUCGUGAUGACAGCUUAUUGUUACCUUUCAAAAAAUCCAUCAGCAACAAGGUCAUUUUUUGGUGUUUCACUUGCAAGGCGUUUGGAAUGGUUGAUGAGAGUUGUGAAUGACAAGUGA